UGCCUCUGAGUGGCUGGUUCCGCCGGUGGGUUUUCCGCGGCGCGCCGGGGAGGCGGGGCCCGCAGGACAAGAUGGAGUUGUUGCAGGUCCUGAAGCGCGGGCUGCAGCAGGUCAGCGGCCACGGUGGCCUCCGCGGCUAUCUUCGAGUUUUGUUCAGGGCAAAUGAUGUGAGGGUUGGCACGUUAGUGGGAGAAGACAAAUAUGGAAAUAAAUACUAUGAAGACAACAAGCAGUUUUUUGGCCGUCACCGAUGGGUUAUAUAUACUACUGAAAUGAAUGGCAAAAACACAUUCUGGGAUGUGGAUGGAAGCAUGGUGCCCCCUGAAUGGCAUCGUUGGCUUCACUGUAUGACUGAUGAUCCUCCAACAGUAAAACCACCUACUGCUCGUAAAUUCAUUUGGACAAACCAUAAAUUCAAUCUGAGUGGCACUCCACAACAGUACGUACCUUAUUCCACCACUAGAAAGAAGAUUCAGGAGUGGGUCCCACCUUCAACACCUUACAAGUAAAGACAACGAAAAGCAAUUUACAUGUAAAAUAUGGGGCUUUUCCUAUAAUUGUACUGCUUACUGUUAACUUGAUUAAAGUUAUUUGAUUAGGCA